GUCCGACCUGUACUUUUCCACAUUCGGAUGCGACAGCCCCCCGUGAAUCUUGUACCGACUAGGAGUGAGAUCCAACCCCCCAAACGGGUCAUACGGCCCCUCCGGCCUCGGCUCCUUCUUCUUUUCUUUGAGCCCCCGGAUGGAAAGUUUACCCACUGCGUCCGCUGUUGAUGAUGACCCAGCGGCGAGGUUGGUAACCGCUUCAACAGCCUUGUUCCCCCUCCGUUUCAGCUGAACCCGUUGCUGAUCCGGGAGGGGUUGUCCCCGUUCCAGACUAUCAAUCUCCAUUUCCUUGAUUUUGAUCUUUUCCAUCUUUUCCUCUUCCGCCUCCUUUAUCGCGUCAAGUCUGCGCUGUCGGGCGGCAGCCUGCUCCGCUGCUAGCCUUCGACGUGACUGCUCAUCCUGUUCCUUGCCCACGCGCCUAUUCCUCUCAAUCUCAGUUUUAUGCUCUGCCUCCCACUGCUGGAGCUGGGCCUCUGCUUUCCGCUUGGUGGGUUCGUCGCCGUGGACGAGGUCAAAGGUUAGGUCUUCGACCAUUUGGAGGUAGUUGUUGUAGUCACGGAGCGUGUUGAAGUCGUCUUCGACUUGGUUGAAGACUUGGUUUACUCUGCGCCGGAUGUCGACUUCGCGUUCUACCGAAAGGUCGCCGAAAAAGGGGGAGCGGAAGCCUUUGCGGCGGAGGGUGCGGUGGCAGCCGGCGUAGGGACAUUGCUGGGGGCCUUCGUUGAAGAGGCGGUUGACGCAGGAGGAGCACAUGGAGUGGUAGCAUUCGGGGUUGAUGAGGAAUUCCAUGUCGCGGUUGAGGUAGCGGAUUGUUUUGCAGACGGGGCACAUGUCGUCGCUGUCGGGUUUGGGGAGGCCGUCGGGGGCGAGGGAGGAGACGGCUGUGACGCCUCCGGGGCGGGGGGCUGAGGUGGGGGGGCGUUGAGGGGGCAUUUUUUUUUUCUUUUUUCUUUUUCUGUCUGGUGUGUUUGAAAUGUCCGGUGGAAGAUAGUUGUUGUUGUGGUGGUGGUGAGUGGUGGUGCUGGUGGUGAAGUGGGAUGUUUGUGGUCGCGAAACCGUUUGCAAAAGGCUACAGUCGGAAUUAAUACAAGGCUGAGGUUGGUAAGCCACCACUUGACGCGAACCACCCCCCUGUAGGAUAUGUGGGGCCCGCCAUGUGGGGUACCUUUCACCUGGGAAGUGCGGGGUCCCUAAGCUUUCCAAAGAGCUCCCUUUUGCCCCCACCAUGAGCUCAGCGGCCAGCCAGAGUUCCAUCGCUUUCUAUUGUCAGUUUCCAAACUCCCAUAUCAACAAACCCCCUUUUCUCACCAUUCCCAACUAUCACCACCAACAACACUACAGUCAAACCCCUUCAAAAUGGCCGACACCGACCCCACCACCGAAGCCGCCGCGCUCGCCCGCGAAAAAGCGGAACAAGCCUCCCUCCCCUACACCUGGACCCAAACCCUCCCCGACCUAACCCUCACCUUCCCCAUCCCCGCCUCCCUCAAGGCCCGCGACCUCUCCAUCUCCCUCACCAAAACCACCAUUUCCGCCGGCAUAAAAGGUCAAACCCCCAUCAUCUCAGGUCAAUUCCCCCACCCCAUUCACGUCGACGACUCCACCUGGACAAUCACCACAUCCCCAGACAACAGCUCCAAAACAGUCGAGAUCCUCCUCGACAAGGUCAACAAGCAAGAGUGGUGGGCUCACGUUGUCACCACCGCCCCCAAGAUCGACGUCACAAAGAUUGUUCCCGAUAACUCCAAACUCUCAGACCUGGACGGGGAGACGAGGGGUCUGGUGGAGAAAAUGAUGUAUGACCAGCGGCAGAAAGAGCAAGGGCUGCCGACGAGUGACGAGCAAAAGAAGAUGGAGAUUCUCAAAAAGUUUCAGGAGCAGCAUCCUGAGAUGGAUUUUAGUAAUGCCAAGAUUCAAUAG